UAUUAUUUUUAAAUUGUAUAUUUUCCAGAUGAUUUGAUAUCUCUGCUAGAUGCAGGUAUUCACAGUGAUCAUCCAAGUGUUAUUAUUGAUGCAGAUGCUAUGUUUUCUGAAGAUAUGUUUGGCUACUCUACACUACGUAAUAGAUCCGGAAGCCGCGGUCGCUCUGGUGACCGGGAGAGGGAAGGUGAGAGAGAGCGAGAUUCAAUGUUUCGAUUGAGAGAGAGGCAAUAUUCAGGAUCACGCCGAUGGAUUGAAACCACACUGCGAGACAAUAGCUCCAAUGACAAGCCUGGUGAGAGCGUAGGUACAUCAGACAGCAAGAAAAGAGAAAUAGGUGACUGCAAUCCCCUUUGGCUUUCAGAUGAGUUGGAGUUCUGGCCAGAAAGGAUGGGGCAGUGUAAAAGAUUUAUUCAGAUGGGUGCUCUCUAUUCUGAACUUGUGGCUGUAACUGCAUCAGGUCAGCUUUGUCAAUGGAAAUGGAAUGAACCAGAACCUUAUCGUGUUGAGACUCCUAAUGUGUAUCACCCAAGAACUGUGGGAUUAAGUUUAAGCGGGGAGCAAAUAGUGCUACUUUCAACCUGUUCCGUACGAGCAACAGUGGUGACUGAAAGUGGAAAGUGUGCAACGUGGUUGGAUGACAGCCUGUCCUUAAUUUCUUCUAAGUUAGACCAUUCAGCUCAGGUGUUUCCCGAAUUUCAGUUGGAGAAAAUUGUUUCAUUGCAUGUAUGUUCUUUGUAUUCCUGUGUAUGUCUAGAAUCUGGUGCAAUAUAUUGGUGGGGUGUGGCACCCUAUGCACAAAGAAAGAGGCUUUGGGAGAAAGCAAGAGCAAAAUCAAAAAGACAAUCAGCUUCAUUUUCCUCUGAAAUUGUCACUGGCGCUCAGGUGGUUCUACGUAAUAGUCCGAUGUAUCACACUGGAGCCCUUGCAUUUACUAAUUCUGGAAAUGUUCCCAAAGUUGGUCAGCUCAUGUCUGCGGCAUGGAAUCUCACAGAUUCUUGCCGUUUCAAAAUACUGCCUCCAGGCUCUCUCAGUGAAAGGAGAAGUGAGAGCAAGGAUACUUCAAAAAUUGAGAGUAAAGUGGACCGCCAAGAAAUGCCACCUCCCCCAUCUCCUGCCUCCUCAACAUGCAGUGAACCUGCCUCCAGUCCACUGCCUUCCAAGCGCAAACAUAGAUCAAGCUUGCAGAGUAGGGAAGAUGGAGAUCGUAAAGAAGAAGAACAGUGGACACUAAAAGAUGUCAUUUUUGUAGAAGAUGUUAAAAAUGCUCCUGUUGGGAAAGUAGUUAAAGUGGAUGGAUCUUACGCGGCUGUCAGCUUUUCAAACAGUAGUGCUGGUUUCCAAACCCAAUUCGGCUCCGCUAAUGAAGAUUUAAGUAUAUUUCUCCAAGAUUGUAGGCUAAUGCGUAAGGAUGAGCUGUUGGUCGUGAAAAGUGGGAAUACUCCAAGAGUUCCAGAUUGUUUCCAGAGGACACCCCGUAAAGUUAAUAUUGCAGAUACAAGUUCCAUUCUGAGUAUGGCUGUGGAUGGACAAGGUAUUCAUGCAGUUGUUAAGAAUGGUGACCGCCUGAGUUAUGUUCUGUAUAAUAUAUCUUCUGGGAAAGCCAUACAAGACAGUCCAUUUCCAAUCGAUACACAAUCCUUCUUAGGACAAGACACCCGAUUGAUUUCUUUUGGAAUUAGUGGAGAGAAUGAGACAGUUGCUGUGUUACUUGAUGGCAAUAGUGCAAUAUAUCCUUUGUCAAAAGAUUGUACAGACAGUAUAAGAGAUCCUGUGUGGUUAGAUCUACCCCCAGCAAGAGCUAUUGGACUUGGUGUUCACUCAUUAAAAGAUGUUACGGCCGGACAAAAAAACCAAGUUGCCAUUGUGGUUUUAGCACUAGAACAUCAAACUUUGCUUCCACCAAUAUUUAAAUGUGAACAAGAAACUGUGCGACAAACUCUUUCAUCUUUAGAACGAGAUUCUGGGACACCUUUUGGACAGAAUACUCUGCAAUGUGUUUUGAAUGAGCGCUGUGAUGGAAACAGAAAUAUAUUCCAUGCUGCUGUUACAACAUGCUUUCCAACUUCAAACAAGGACACUGACUUUUCAGGUGAUACAAGUGGAAGUGCUAGCCUAGAAUCAUUGGAUUUACUAAGUGGAACAGUUGCAUCUAAUGGCAAUAGUCACUCCUCUCGAAGUGUUUCUUUGAGGGAAAUAAUGAGACGUGCAACUUCAGCUGCACGCAACUUGGCUGGUCUAGAAAACAGGGAUCAAGACAUAGGAAUUCCUACUCUUAACUGGCCACCUGAACCAAUGGAUUCCACUAGUGGUUCUAUAUCUCCUUUAAAUAAUGCUAGUUCUGUAGAACCAACUGAAAGGAAGAAUGCAGCAUUGAGUAUUUUAUGGAGUCUCUGUGAAUCUCCUGUGUUGAAACCUUAUAUGAAAGACCUUUUGACUGCAAGGGAUGCCCAAGGCUUAACUCCAUUUAUGUCUGCUGUGACUGGCAGAGCUUAUUCUGCUGCUCUUAUUUUAAUGGAUACUUUCUUGCGUCUUUCCCAAGAGACUUGUAGAGAUUCUGAAGCAAAGCAGAAAUUUAUGCAGCCCAUGAUAUUUCCUUCCGGGGCUUCUCCUGAUGACUCUCCCCUUCACGUCUUAUGUUAUAACGACACCUGUAGUUUUACAUGGACUGGAGCAGAGCACAUUAAUCAGGACAUCUUUGAAUGUCGAACGUGCGGCUUGACCGGCUCUUUGUGUUGCUGCACUGAAUGUGCUCGUGUCUGCCACAAAGGUCACGAUUGUAAAUUAAAGAGAACAUCACCCACGGCCUACUGUGAUUGUUGGGAGAAAUGUAAAUGCAGAGCUUUGGUCUCUGGCCAUCAACCAUCAAGAUAUCAACUCUUAAAUAAACUUAUCCAAGAAACAGAUCUCGUUACUUACCCUAACAGCAGGGGUGAAAAUAUCCUUCUUUUCCUCGUUCAAACUGUUGGUCGUCAAGCCAUUGAGCACAAACAGUACAGACCUUCGAGACCUCGCUCAUCUGCACAACGCAAGACAACUUCGUCAUCAGAUAUCUCUGAAACUGACAUGCCAGACCAUGACAUGGAACCCCCUAGGUUUUCCCGGCGUGCUUUAGAGCGUCUGUUGAAUGAUUGGAAUGCAGUGAAAUCCAUGAUUCUUACGGGAUGGAAAGGGGAAGAUAAUUCAUCAUUGAAACCAUCUUACGGAUACAUGUACGAUGAACAAGCUUAUCUCGGUCUUCAGAAUGGAACAGCCUUACUCGAUAAAUUCACUCAUUGCCUUCUCACAAAAUGUAGUCCAGAAAUGCUUGAUACUCUCUUAACUACCCUUAUACGAGAAAUUCAAAAUGAAAGCAAAGAGGGCCGAAGUGCAGAAGCUACUAUGGUUUCAAGACGAUUUGUGCGCAGUGUAGCACGCAUAUUUGUAGUGUUAAAUGUUGAGAUGGCUCCUAAUACUUCAAAGAAAAAAAACUUGAGUGCAGCUACUCAGCCUCUAGCAAAAUGCAAAAGGGUUUUUCAAGCUCUCAUCAUCAUAGCAGUUGAAGAAUUGUGUGAAACAGCAGAUGCCCUCAUAGCUCCUGUAAGACAUGGUGUUGCUAGACCAACUGCCCCAUUCUCCUUAGUUUCUUCUAGUAAUGAGGCAAUUCAUGGGAGUGAAGAGCUGUUUGCUGUUGAUCCAAUGAUGACAAGAAGUAGCAGUGAGCUUUCUGUGCGUGCUGCCAGUGGUUUAGUUGUGGAAUCGCAAUCAUCUCUGGGUGUAGAUGGUUCUUCACGUGAGAGAGAGGAUGAGGAUCCUGAGGUUGAUGUUAUGGAACGAGAAGUGAGUGAAGACCAAGAUCCGGAAGAGAGUGAGCGUGAUGACCACAUAGAACAGUCUGAAAAUGAUACUGUACCUCAAGAGCAAAAUGAUGAUGAAAGUGAUAGUGAUAGUGACAGCAAUCCUGAUAGUGCAUCUUAUCAAAGCAAUCAAGAUAAUGCUAGUGCCCAAAGAAGUACCACAACUGGGGGAGCUACCGCUGGAUCUGAUACUGGAACCAGUGACGGAGUUUUAAAAAAAGCUAGAAAAUGGAAAUUGUUUAGAGCAGAAGAUCAAACAUUUGAUAGUGUUACUAGCCUUCCUUAUUUCUCUGAGGAUGAAUCUGCUGAAUCUUCUAAUGCUGAGGAUGAAGAAGAAAGUGAAGCUGGUGAAACAGAACCCGAUACCGAGGAAGCAUUUCUCGAUGAGCAGUUGGAACGUCGUAGCAACGGUGGUUCUUCUGGUCCGAGGCCGAAUCUUGCACCACAGCACAUGCAAUGGGCUUUACGCCAAAGAGAGUCGGGUCGUGGUCCAAUUACUACCUCUGGUAGGUUGGGAUCAAGUGGACUCAUUUACAUAGACCCUUCGUCCUUGAGAAGAGCCACUGGAACAACUGCUUCUGUGUCUGCAACAGUGACUCAAGAAUGUACAGCUACAGCCAUCACGACAUCCGUAUCCCUAGCCAGGGCUUUUGCUAUUUUGAUGAGACAAAUUGCUGACCUUGUGACUAUGCUGCAAGAUUACCAUGCUCUCAUGCCAAGUUUGCCAAGAAUCUUGGACAUUUCUUACCAGGAUUCAUUAAAUUUACAGAUUUAUUUGGAGUAUCACUUGAGACCAACAUGGGAAUGGCUUAUCACCGUAAUGGAUUCCACUGAAGCUCAACUUCGCUUCGGCUGUGCUUUAACAUCUGGUUCUCAUCCCUCGCAUCCAUCACAUCCUAUGCACACAUCACAGCAUUCCAGGUCCAGUAAGUCUAGAAAUGAAAAUGAGGGGAGGUCUUCCGGUGGUACUACUGACAGUCGUCGUAGAGCUACUGAUGGGACAUUUGCUCGUCGAGAUUUUCUCUCAUAUGCAGUAUCCCUAAUGCGAGCACACAACAGUGAGCAUUUUGAUUCAUUGCCUUGCUUGGAUGUGAAUGCCUUAAAGCAUGUUGCUUAUGUGUUUGAUGGAUUGGUGUAUUAUAUCCGUUCUGGAAUGGACAGUUCAGAUUCAGAAGUUGUCAGAGAAGGUUUAAAUUUAGAUUCUUGGAAUGAUCAGGAUGAAAAUGAUAAUGAAGAGCAAGAAGAGGAAAACAGUUCUCAGUUGCCAAUGGAUGUUGAUGGAGCUGAAGAUGACGGACACAUUUCUGCAAAAGGACGUAAACAUACUUUCUUCCAGCGUUCAGACUCUACUUUAUUUCUCGGUUGCCCACCCCCAGAUCCUUUCAACUCUCCACUGUCGGACACUCUCUUAUUGGCUGACCAACCUCAUCUGCUUCAGCCGACUUCCCGUAAAGAGGAUCUUUUCGGAGCUCCUAAGUCAUACACGGUUCCUCCCGACCCCCUUGCUACAACUCCCGAUUGUUCUUUGUAUGGGGAGUUUGAAUCCGUACCAACCAAAUUGGGCUUGUCAAUAAGAACAGCAGAUUCACAGAAACUCACCGUGCCAUCUCGCCUACCACUUUUGCCUCCUCUUCCUAGAGGAUCACCCCCACCACUACCACCAAGUGAAUUUGAGGAAAAAGAUGCUUCCAGGGGCCCUGGUGAAGCUCCCCUGCCGAAUAUCGACGAUAUGGACAGCAGAGAUGAGUCUCUGUCCAAUAGUUCUGCUCCUAGUCGAUCUGGCUUUGAAGGGCAAGAAUUUGCCAUUUCAAUGACUGCAAAUGAUCGAAUUUCUACUGAUGCUGUAGAGUUUGAGUCUGACGGUUUUGUAGGUAGAUCUUUAUCAGAGCCAUCUAGAGCUCCAAUUAUCGUUGCUGGACCCUGCAAAAAAGCAGAUGGACCAAGUCCUGUUAAAUCAAGUGUCAUUGUUCAUGCUGGCUGCAUACGCCAACCUUCAUCCACGAGCCCCGAUUUACAAUCUAAUGUAUCCACUGGGUAUACAUCUACCCUUAGUCCUGCUGCUGAGGUUACGGUCACCUCUACUACUGCAACCUCAACAAUAACAUCUACUGCAAGCUUAGCACGUGAUACUGCAGCAUCUGAUCCAGCGGUUGGACAGUAUUCUCAAAAUAGGUCCUCUAAUUCUAUCAGCCAGAUGUUUUCUCACGAUAUGCUUUUGGGUCGUUGGCGCCUUUCCCUGGAGCUCUUUGGCCGCAUAUUUGUUGAUGAUGUUGGUGCAGAACCGGGUUCUGUCAUUACAGAUUUAGGCGGCUUUCCUGUAAAAGAAAUGAGAUUUCGUAGAGAAAUGGAAAAAUUGAGAAGCUCUCAGCAAAGAGAUCUUACUUUAACCAAGGUGGAAAGAGAUCGAACAUCACUUUUGCAGCAUACUUUUAAAGAACUGAAUACACAGUACAAUAACUAUGCACGUCGCAACUCUGGUGGCACUCCCCCGUUAACUGUUUCAAGAGUGAAGGUCACCUUCAAAGAUGAACCAGGAGAAGGAAGUGGGGUUGCAAGGAGUUUUUAUACUGCUGUAGCUGAGGCUGUGCUUUCAUCUGAAAGGUUGCCGAAUUUGGAGAGCUGUCAAGUCGGUACUAGAUCUGUACAGUACAGUGAGUUAAAUUUAGGAUUUGAGCCGCCCACAUUUGUUACAGAUCUGAUACAACGCUUGCGUACUAGAGAGAGGGAGCGAGAAAAGAAAUCUUCUCAAAACUCUUCACCAAGAAUGAGGGAUACAAAAGAAAGAGAUCCACCUCUUGCACUGCGUUAUGAUGCUCCUCCCUUUGUCAUGCCCGGAGAAGCUGGUAGUAGUGGCACAAAUGAACACCUGAGUCCUCAUCGACAACAACUAGGACAGCGGCUGUAUCCUAGAGUACGCGCCCUCACGCCAAACUUAGCCAGCAGAGUUACUGGCAUGCUUUUGGAACUUUCUGCAGCACAAUUAUUGAUGUUACUUGCUUCUGAUGAUGCACUUCGUCAGAAAAUUGAUGAAGCAACAGACAUCAUUCUCUCUCAUACAAGGGAUUCAUCCGACGAUGCCUUACUAGAUUUGGAUGUAUUUAAUUUGGGUUCUCGAAGAACUCCGAUCACCAGGAAGAUUGAAGACGUCGACGAAGAAGAGGACAUAGACGAAAACUGCCCCAUAUUCUACCAGCCCGGAAAGAGAGGGUUCUACUCACCACGUCAGGGAAAGUGUUCCGCAGAAAGAAUGAAUGCAUUCCGGAACGUCGGUCGCGUCAUUGGAUUGUGUUUGCUUCAGAAUGAACUGUGUCCAAUUUACCUGAAUCGACACGUGAUCAAGUACAUUAUAGGUCGGCGCAUCGGCUGGCACGAUUUGGCUUUUUUCGAUCCAGUGCUUUACGAGUCCUUGAGACAAGUUGUAGUGGAUGCAGAAGGAAAGGAAAAUAAUAUCUUUUCUUCCCUUGAUCUUACAUUCUGCAUUGACCUUUGCAUUGAAGAAGGAGGAGGGAGCAUAGAAUUGAUACCUGGAGGAAGCCAAAUUGAAGUUACUGCUCAAAAUGUUUAUGACUAUAUCAGAAGAUAUGCAGAAUACAGGAUGAUUCGUUCACAAGAGAAAGCUUUGGACUCUUUGCGUUCAGGGGUCUAUGAUGUUCUGCCUUCAAGUGCUUUCGAUGGACUUACGGCCGAAGAUUUUCGCUUGCUACUAAAUGGUGUUGGUGAAAUCAAUGUGCAAACCUUAAUUAGCUACACCUCUUUUAAUGAUGAAAGUGCUGAAGGUGCAGAUAGACUCUUAAGAUUCAAAAGAUGGUUUUGGUCAAUUGUAGAAAGAAUGUCUAAUUUUGAAAAACAGGACUUGGUGUAUUUCUGGACUGGCAGUGCUGCCCUACCUGCCAGCGAGGAAGGUUUCCAGCCAAUGCCAAGUAUAACUAUCCGACCUGCUGAUGACCAGCACCUGCCUACUGCUAACACUUGUAUAUCUAGACUGUACAUUCCUCUUUAUUCUUCAAAAGCAAUCCUGCGUUCCAAACUCUUACUCGCGAUUAAGACUAAGAAUUUUGGUUUUGUUUAAUAAUGGGAUUUAGUAGAAUCUUAUUUAUUGUACCACCCUGUGAUGUUUAAAAUAUAUUUUGAAUUGGCAUAGUUGUUUUGUGUGUGAGACUCGACAAAUGUGAAAUAAAAAUGUUUUAUGAUGUGA